AUGAAUGACUGGAGGCUGAUUAUAUGCCUCCUAGUCACAGGUUUUGCUCUGCCACUUUCGCUAUUCCCUGAGUAUACUUGGUACAACUAUGGUGAACCAUUUAAUUAAUUUUGGCUGCAUGGGCUCCUGACACCACCCUCUUCAUCUCUGUGGUUGCAACGAAGACCACAUGAGACCCAACAGUACUAUGAAUAUGCCUUGCCCGUGCACCCUCCACCUCUGCUAUCACAGCAGACGGCUCUUCAACUGCAACAACCUCGAUUACAAGCACAAAAUCUUUUCCCACAACCAACUCAGAUGCCUGCAAGGCAAGGCCACAGAAUGAAGUGCACCAACCAUGUCCGGCAGGGACAGCCAUCGCUGCAGCUAGGAGAACUGCCAGGAGUCCAAGAACAGCUGGUUCUAGCUAGCAGACAACAACAGUUACCAGCACUAGAGUAUACUGGAUCAGGCCGACCCCGGCCCGGCAUACCGAGAGGUGGAGAAGGCAGGCCUGCCUAUGGGGCCAUGGCUCCUGGUUUUAUAGGCAUGGGCACUGGAUCUGGGGGGAUGCCACAAAACCCAGCCCUGCAGGGAGAUUUUACUGUUGAGGAUGAUUCACCAGCCACAGCGCUCAAAUCAGCAGUCCAAGGAGGGUUCAGCUUGGUUCCCCAAGGAGUCUCCCCACUUCCUGGAGUUAAUCUGUCAGGUCCUGGAACUGCUGUCAUCCUUCCAGAGGGGACCCCAGUGGGCCAAGAAAGCAACAACAAUUUGCCAAGCCCAGUAACUCAAACGCUCUCUGAUAGUUUCAUACGCUUUGGUGGCGAGAGCACGCUGCCUCUAGAUGUCCGGCAAGGAGCUGCUGUGGAUCCUACCGUGCCCCCUGAUGCCCAACAUACACUCGAGGCAGGGAAUGAGGAACAGUUCAUACAAGAUGCCUGGCAUUUCCAAGAGCCCUGA